UGGAUUUGAGCUUGGCAAUUUCUGUUAUUUGUUGUUUCCCUAAUAAUUAAAACUUUUUUCGUUACAUAGUUAAUUGAGUUUUGAACUGGAAUGUGUGAAAAAUCAUAUAAUUUUAAGGCUUUUUUGUAGUUUGAAAGAUGAAAAAUAUGAAGUGGGAUGUAUCUGAAUUAAUUUUACAAGUAAUUUGGCUUUGUGGCAUGGAUAUUUGAAGGAAAUGGUUUUAUGUGUAGAAAUGUUGAGACAUGACAAUCAAAGAAGUCUGAUCAUUAUAUCUGAAGGUUUGUUACUUUGGAGAUUCUGUGGCAAGCAGCGGCAUGACGUCCUCGCUUCAUUAUCAUUCAGAUGGUAGUGAGAAUGAACAGUCAGAAAAUCAAUCAGAGGCUCACAGCGAGUCUUCAUCCCCUGCAGCUGGAAUGUCUGUCCCUGGCACUGUAACACCAAAUAUGCACUAUGUUAUGCCCAAUCAGCAUGGCAAUGGAAAUUCUAUGUUGCAGGCUCAAACAGCUUAUCCAUACCCAGACCCAUACUAUAGGAGCAUCUUUGCACCGUACGAUGCACAGCCUUAUCCUCCACAACCUUAUCCAGCACAACCAAUGGUUCACGUUCAGCUAAUGGGAAUUCAACAAGCGGGUGUUCCUUUGCCAUCAGAUGCGAUAGACGAACCUGUUUUUGUUAAUGCAAAACAGUAUCAUGGCAUCUUGAGGCGUCGACAAUCUCGCGCGAAAGCUGAGUCAGAAAAGAAACUUCUGAAAGCUAGGAAGCCUUACUUGCAUGAAUCACGCCAUUUGCAUGCAUUGAAAAGAGCUAGAGGAUGUGGGGGUCGUUUCCUGACAGCGAAGGAAACUGAUAAUCAGCAGAAACUGGAUGAAUCUGGUGAUAAAUCACACGUCAACUUUAAUCUCGAGUCUGGAAAAGACAAGGUUGCUUCUUCAGAGAAUGCCUCUUGAUUUAUGAAAUAUCAAGGACUUUGUGGACCAUAGUAUGUUGUUGCUGUUUGUAGAAACAGCAAUGCUUUUGUCAAAGUAGAACUGUGGUAGCUGGGCAAAAUCAGGGUAAUUGUGACGUUCUGUAUGUUUUAUCUCAGUGUAGAUAGUUCAGAAUAGGCUACUUGUACAAAGUGGUCGAUGGGAAUAUAUCUCUAAAUGCUGUAUUUCUGAGCUUGUUUGUGGACGUCCUUUCUUGUCCUUUUGUAAUUACCUUGUGAUUCCUUCAAAUGUUGUUAUGGUAAGUGUACGAAAUAUCGAGUCUGAAAUUUGAGUUA